UUCACGCUUCCGGUGUGGUUUCCGGUUAGCUGGCGCAUCUGCAGCAUCCGAAGCCGCAGACGAGAAACGCCAUGAACAACACGCUCAGUUCUGCCUGAAUUUAUUUUUUUCCGAUUAAAAUCAAACUGCAUCCGUUCACUGUUCACCGGCAGGCCACCGGCGGAGCGCGCAGAUGAGAUGUGUCACGCGUCUGAGCGCGUUUUGCAGGAAUGCUAGCGUUAGCGCCUAGCUGAGUAUUUGUUGAAUUUAAAUUAUUAUUCUUUUUCAUCAAACAAGAGACGAAUCAAUAUUAUUAUGGACGUUUAACAAAUUAAAUUAUCUAUUAUUGUAAUUAAUAUCGCAUGUCAUCUGCUUUUCUGCGAAAAGUGGGUUGUUUUUAUAGGUUCUCAUGAGCUGCACAGCUGGCUGAUGAUGGAGAGUUUGACUUUCAUCCAGCAAAACAAUAUUUUUUCUUCGCUUAAAGUUUGAAGGUUAAUUUUUCAACAGGGCUUAAAUGUUUACAUUGAUUUAAGUAUUUAUAUCGUGAUAAGGGCCCGUGUCCCAUAAAAAGACACUAGACAAACACUUAAAUCAUAUCAGGUCAUCGCUGAUGGAUGCUGUUUAUUUGGAUAUACUCAACUGUGAUGUAUUAAUUUAGCAGAUAUUCCUGUUGUUUUCGUUUAUUAAUACGUUUUUGUUGCUAUACGGUUCAUUUAAGCUGUGAUCAGAACCAGAAUUGGGGUACGAGUCCAUGUUUGACAGUCACAGCUGAUCUAGACCUCUAGAACCAGAACAACCAACCCACUUUCUUAUAGACUCGCAUAAGUAGUUAAGGGAUCUGUGAUACAUCAUGAAGAAGUUCUUUGACUCCCGGCGGGAGCUGGUGGGCUCUGGACCCGGUUCUGGAGGUGGAGCGGGAGGUUCUGGAUGCUGCAGCAGUGUUGGUGGGAAUUUUAUCGGACGGGCUUUCACUGUUGGAAGACACCAGGUCACUGUAGAAGAAACUCUGGCAGAAGGUGGCUUCGCAAUCGUCUUCCUGGUGAGGACCAAUCAGGGGGUGCGCUGUGCCCUAAAGAGGAUGUACGUUAACAAUGAACAUGACCUGCAGGUCUGCAAGCGUGAGAUCCAGAUCAUGCGGGAUCUCAAUGGUCAUAAGAACAUCGUAGGGUUCCUGGACUCCAGCAUCACGGCUGUAGGAGGUGGAGAUGUGUGGGAGGUGUUUAUCCUCAUGGACGUCUGCAGAGGUGGUCAAGUGGUGAACCUAAUGAACCAGCGUUUGCAGACGGGCUUCAGUGAACAGGAAGCACUCCAGAUCUUCUGUGACACUUGUGAAGCUGUGGCACGUCUGCACCAGUACAAAACUCCCAUAAUCCACCGAGACCUCAAGGUGGAAAACAUCCUCCUUCAUGACCGAGGACACUAUGUUCUGUGUGAUUUUGGCAGCGCCACCAUGAAGUUCCAGAACCCCCAGAGUGAAGGAGUGACUGUGGUGGAGGACGAAAUUAAAAAGUACACAACACUGUCCUAUCGCGCUCCUGAAAUGGUGAAUCUGUACAACGGCAAAAUCAUCACCACUAAAGCAGACAUCUGGGCAUUGGGCUGUCUGCUUUAUAAACUCUGUUUUUUCACAUUGCCCUUCGGCGAGAGUCAGGUGGCCAUCUGUGAUGGCAACUUCACUAUUCCAGACAAUUCUCGGUACUCCCAGGACAUGCACCGUCUCAUCCGGUACAUGCUGGAGCCUGACCCUGAUAAGAGGCCUGACAUUUAUCAGGUGUCCUACUUUGCUUUCAAACUGGCCAGACGGGACUGCCCUGUCCAAAACUUUAAGAAUUCUCCCAUUCCUGCUCAACUUCCUGAGCCAAUCCGAGCGAGCGAAGCAGCCGCAAAGAAGAGCCAAGGCCAGACCAAGGCGAGACUUACAGACCCCAUUCCCACCACUGAAACAUCCAUCACCCCACGCCAGCGGCCCAAAGCAGCACAAUCCCAGUCCCAGGCACUAGGGGGCAUCUUGCCCAUCCAGCCUGCUGCCCUGACCCCACGCAAGAGAGCUAACAUGCCCGCUGGGGCUGCCCAGCCGAUAGCUGUCAGCUUGAACUUGGCUCAGCCGGCUGCAGCGCUACAGUCUCAGAAAGCCCAGGCAUCUCCGGCUCCUCAGCAGAAAACGCCCGUGCAGCCCAUCCCCAUCACAGCUGUGCCUGCAGUAGCAGGAGGGGGUGUUCCAGUUGCAGCUGGCAGUCCCGCCCCUCAGAAAGCUGUAGCCACUCCUCCUCCAUCCAGCCCCGCCCCACCCACCGCACCUGCACGGAGUGCCCGUCGUAAGCAGGCAUCUGUGGCUCUGCAGCAGCCGGUGCCCAUCCAGCCCAGUGUUACUCAGCCGCCUGCGGCCCCGCCUCCAGCACAGGCUGAGCCUGCAGCAGUGCCGCCCACUGUCCAGCAGCCAGCACCUCAAUCCCAAAUCAGCCCAGAGAAGGCAGAGGAGAGGCCUGUAGCCCCUGGCCUUUCCCAAACUCCUCCUUCGUCCCCGAGGACGGCCCAGAAAGCGGGGCACAGACGCAUCCAGAGUGAUGUCACACACAGCGCUAUGUUCGGUGUUCCGGUCAGCCAGUCCACUCAGCAGCUGCAGGCGGCCACAGCAGAGGCCAGCCUCAACAAGUCAAAGUCAGCCAGUGCCACCCCAUCCAACUCUCCCCAGUCCUCCCAGCAGAGUGUGUACCAGCCUGCACAGCAGGGCAGCACUUCUGGUCCUCCAGCUCCUGCCUCGGCCUCUAGCCUGAAAAGCCCCCCUGACCAGCCCACCUGGAAUCCCUUUGGUGAUGACAAUUUUUCCAAACUUACAGCUGACGACCUGCUCAACAAAGACUUUACCAAGUUAGCUGACGAACCGGUUGAACCUCUGAUUGCAGCUACUGAGAGUCUUAUUCCUGGGCUGGAAGCUGCAGAACCUGCUCCUCCAUCCUCUGUUGAAAGACCUGUUGACAUUCUGGGCUUAGAACUGGGAGCUGGUUUGCUAGCUGUACCAGAGAAGCUGAUAGAGGGCCUGAAGUCUCCAGAUACUUCUCUCAUGCUGCCUGAUCUUCUGUCCAUGGCUGACCCUUUCGGCAGCUCCAUGGAUGACAGUAGAGAUGUCAAAACGGAAGUGUGUUUGGACUCUCUGAUUCCUGGCUUGGAGCCCCCUCAGACUCAACUGCACCCUGUGGAGGCUGAACCAGCAUCAUCAGCACUGGCAGACCCUCUAAUUGGAGACGACUCCUUGCUGGGCUGUUCUCUCCCCUCUGGCUCUGCCUCAUGUCUGGAUGACUUUGCGCCUGUCUCAGGAGGCUCUUCCCAGAAUAUACCAGCUGCAGACUGUUUGAUCUCAGGCUUUGAGCCUCCUAGCACUCAGACGGCCAAUGAAGAUGAAUUUGACCCCAUACCAGUAAUGGUCUCCAAAAACUCUCAAGGAGGUCACUCUCGCAGCAACAGUGGCAGCUCUGAGUCCAGCCUGCCCAGCCUGGCCCGUUCCCUGCUGCUGGUGGACCAGCUCAUCGACCUCUAGACCGUACAGAUAAUUCCUGCAGUGCUGAAGAUGACGCCAUCCGCUGUAGUCUUCUGCCUUUAACCAUGAAUCCCUCCUGCUUUCCUUUAUCCUGUCCUCCACCGACACUCUUUUUCAUCGUCCAUUUCCCUCUUUAAUCGGUUUUUCAUCAUUCCGUCGCUUCAGUUUCUUCCUGUUCAUCACAUCUUGUGUUUUAUUUCUUUCCCUGCUGCUGUUGUCCAUCAGUUGUCGUCAUCAUCCCCAUCAUCGCUCAUUUGAUUUGACACACUCAGCUUUGCUCUCCUGCACCAUGACAUUUAUCUCCCUGAUGAGUUUACGUUCAACUUGUUUCUUACAAGUCUGGUGCAACCUUUUUCUAGGGGCUCAAAAUCCAGUUUCCUCUGGCAUCCAUAUCUGUGCUUCCUUUGGACAUGCAUAUUUGACUGUCACACAUCUCAUCUGCCUCGCAGUCAAGAGUGCAAAAUCGUUCUUCUCUUUGGUCUUUUGCUGUGUCUUCAGUAUUACUCAUGAAACCCGUCUCGAGAUUAAACUGACAUGGGUUUAGACUCAUGCAGUUGGCUCCUUCCAGACCAAAAUUAAAGUACAAAGUGAACCAAAUGUUUACAGACAGGAGUAUUUUCGCUGGAUGUUUACAGACCGGCAGGUAGGCAACACAGCUUGUGAGAAUUUAUCUUUGCCCAGACUGACCGCAGGGUACGAACGGAUCAUAAUACUUCAUGUAGAGUGAUUUCAAAUCUUUAAAUCUGACUAGAAGCUCCUCAUUGCCAUUAGUGGUACUUGUUCGCCAUCUCACGACCUCCAUAUCAUCAUUCCUCUGUUAUUUCUUUGUAAAUAGCUCUAUUGAUGUUGUACGUUGGCUCGAAGCAAUGUAAAUUGUUGUAUAUCUGCAUCAUCUGACUCUCCCGCCCUCAACAGUGAUUUGUUCCCCCUGUGUAUAAAGCAUCUGGUCCAAAUGUCCAGCAAUUCCUUCAGAGAUGCCCGUAUUACCCCAUAGUAUACAUCAUUGUGAGAUAAUUUAAAAGAAAUAUUUCAUAUACGGUUAAGAUUCUAUGUGAAUAUGAAUAGAAUGGUAGAGAAUGAAUGUAUGAAUUGAGUAUUCAUAUAUAAAUGCAGAUAUGUGUAUACGAAACCUAUUUAAGAGAAAACUUUAUCUCUUUGUUCUGUGUGUUGAGACGUGUUUGCGAAUGUAAAUUGUCGGUUUCAUCUAACGGCCAAAUCGUCAUUGCUGAACAAAGUCAGUUGAGAAAAGAGGACAAUCUUGAAGCAUGGUUUGACGGCAUUCGUGUGCAAAUCGACUGGAUUUGUUUUCAGUUUGCGUUGCCUUUUAUUCUCCGAUGUAUAUAAUUGACAAAAACAGGUUGUAGUCUUGAGGGAAAAAAUACUCUACGGUCCUCAAUGCUGUACGUAUACAAUCCAUCCUUGAAUCUACUGCCCGAUGCCAUGCUUUCUUGCACAGUUCUCGUGAAUCAGACGCAUAUCGAAGCAUGGCAGUGUUUAUCAAUAUGAAGUUAAGACAUGUCUGUGGCCAAUCUUCAUAUCAGUACUGUACGUAUGUGUUUGCGUGUAUGUGUGGAUGUGCAGUAAAUAAAUAGCUAGUCUUAGGUGUUGAAAGUGGUGAGGUCGUUCUGUCUUUGACAUGGUUUAUCUGCUUCGUUCGAACAGCUGGACCCACAGCAGGCACCUCUGUUUCAAGCACAGGUUCUCUUUUCAUUCACUGAGAGUUAUAAGACUGCUCAAAUUAAGAGCAUGGAAAAUCGCUUUAAUGCUGUACGGUAUUAGCAGAAUCUCAAUCAGUGUCUGACACAUUAGGUGUUUCUCAAUGUCAAGGAAGGAUCCUCGGAAGCCAGUAUUUCGGGGAUGCUACGUCAUCGACAUCCGUCGAAGGACUGUUCCAAUGUCGAGGAUCCUCGGAAUUUCAACCAAGGACUGAGUCCUUCGUUCGAAGAAUAUCCCAUACACAGGAAAGGAUGCAUAUGUGUAUCCUUCGUGCUCUUCGCGCUCUCAAAUCACCCACAAUCCUAUGCGCGCAAAAAUUAAAAAAAUGUCGAACGUUAACGUAGUCAGAGCGUUAACGGUUUUUAUUUACGUUACCAAACAUUUGUUAGAACUGUAGUAAAUAUAAGUAAAGUUUGACGUUUAAAUGCCAGUACAAAUUACUACUUUAUUGAUAUUAUAAAUUAUACAAAUACAAAUGGUUAACUGAACCGGACCUGUCAUUUAAUAAUUGGUUGCGUCAUCGGCAUUUCUUUUCUAAAUAACUAGUUAAGUUGUCCAAAGUAAUUUAAUGAUACCAUUCACAGCGUUAUUCAAACAGACCUUUUCACUGAGGUAAUGACGCAAUUACGUGCACUUGCUAGCCUUUUCCAUUUACGUGUUCUCCGUAUGCUAAAGAGGAGUCUCACCUUUAGCCUCUGAAGGAAGUGACUUGGAAGGAUCAGUCCUACCAAGGAAGUAUCCUUGACAUUGAGAAAUGCUUUGUGUAAAACCAAGUUCUUUAAUCAGGUCGAACCCCCCCCCCCCCCCCAAAACCACCAGCUUUUUGACAUUGCUGAAUCUGUAAAUGCCAUUGAAAUGAGUUCUAUCAUAAGGGCAACAGAAGUAGGGCUGGGCGGCCCCAUAGAGAUUUCCCAUACUGCUUACUGUUAGAUUAAAUAUGAACGACUUUUCCCAUGCUGUCGAAUUUGACUUGCAUGAUCACAUUAUUAUUUUAAUAAUAAAUAGCAUAAAUAUAUAUAACAUAUCUUAGGCUCACCAAGGUUGCAUUUAUUUGAUUAGAAAUACUGUAAAUCUGAAAUCUGUUUUAAUAUAUUUUAGAGUGUCAUUUAUUCCUGUGAUGGCAGUUGAAUUUUCAGCAUCAUUAUUACAAUCUUCAGUGUUGAUCAUUGGGUAAUCAUUCUAAUAUGCAGAUUUGAUUCUCAAUAAAAAAUAUUAUUAUUAUUAUUAUCAAUAUUAAAAAUAACGUUGAUGUCUUUCCGUGGUUGAAACACUGAUUUAGCAGUUACAUGAGGCAUGAGAUGUUCAAUCAUGUUUAUUCACGUUAAAACUAGUCGUACAGAGGAAGGAAACGGCUCUAUACAAAUACGUAUACCAUUACACCCCUAAUAUACACACACACACACACACACACACAUUUUUGAUUUCCAACUAAUAAAUGUAUUGUGACACACACCUUAAUGUGAUAUAGAAGUUUUUAGUUUUCCCGCCCACCCUAAAGUUCUGUAAUUAAAACAAAGCAACAAGAUGAGAAAACCAUGAACGUCAAGCUCAUGUUGGCAUACAAAAACUGUGGCUAUUUUACGCGGCGUAUUGUUAGGUUGGAGGCAUUGGCGAAAACCUGCAGAACAGCACUGCACGUCAGGAAAAGAGAUGCUGCUGGGGCUCCGUUACUGAUAUUUGUUGUUGACAGUGUCGACUACGAGAUCGUUCUAUACACUGGCCUCUCCUCUGUACAGCCGUCUGCAGACUCUCAUGUUAACCUAUGCAAUCCUAAUGCUUCAUCUUGUAGUUCUCAGUAGAGGUCUUUGCCCCGUGGGUAGUGUUUGACUUGUGGUGUUGUGCAAAAAUCAAAGAUUCCUUUUAUGUGCUGUUUUUUUGUUCAGAGAAAAACGAUAUUUAUGACCAUGUUUAUCCCCGGAGUUGGAACCUCAUUGGUCUCUGUAGCAAACACCCUCAGCCCAGUGUUAGAACAGUGAUGGGUUCAUGUGCACCUUCUAUUUUUGUGGAAACCAAUAAACAAAGAAAGGGGUGUUAAAUAAACAUGUAAAUGUGAAUGUAAA